GUCCAAGACAUAGUUCGUACUCUGCAUGCCAAGUCAUGGCGUCCGUCAGCACAGGGAGCAGGGUGUCCUGCGGGAGAGAUUUGAAUUGUGUGCCAGAAGUAGCCGAGACAUUAACAGCGGUCGCCAAACUUGGGUUUGACUUCGUGUGCAUGCCCCUGUUCCACCCAAGGUUCAGGAGGGAAUUUGAGUUGGGACCCGCUAAAUCUCGACCCGGUGCCCAGACGAGGUCUGACCUGCUGCUGUGUGGAAGAGAUUGGAACACUCUUAUUGUUGGGAAGCAUUCGCCAUGGAUUGAUACAGAUUCAGAAAUUGAGGCAGUACGCAGAAGCUCCGAAGCUGCUCUGGCACAGGAGUUGCAUUUCUCAGCGUACUUGGGUCUGCCUGUCUUCAUGAUCACUUUGAAUGGACCUCAUAAGGCCAAUCUUGCACGUGUGCUGCUUAACCAUAUCCAGUCUGGGCACCACACAACAAAUUUCUGGCUUCGAGUCCCACUGAUUGCUCCAGAAGACAUGCGGGAAGACCUGAUUGAGAAUGAGCCAGUCACAUAUGUUAACGAUGAUACCACUGUAGAUGAAAAAACCUGGAUCUGGUGGCACUCAUUGAGGACACUUUGUGAUUACAACAAGAGGGUCUGUCUUGCCAUUGAAAUUGGAGCAGACAUGCCUUCAGAAACUGUGAUCGAUAAGUGGCUUGGGGAACCGAUCAAAGCAGCCAUACUUCCCACCAGCAUCUUCCUAACCAAUAAGAAGGGCUUUCCUGUUUUGUCUAAAGCGCACCAGCGAAUAAUUGUCCGACUUUUCAAGUUGGAGGCACAAUUCAUCUUUACAGGUACAAGUCGCCACACCGAGAAGGACUUUCGUUCAUACCUGCAGUACCUGGAAUACCUCAGUCAGAACCGGCCAGCACCCAAUUCCUAUGAGCUCUUUGCUAAGGGUUAUGAAGACUAUCUACAGUCUCCACUUCAGCCUCUCAUGGAUAACCUGGAGUCGCAGACAUAUGAAGUGUUUGAGAAGGAUCCUAUUAAAUAUUCACAGUACCAACAGGCUGUGUAUAAAUGCCUUCUCGACCGAGUCCCAGAGGAACAGAAAGACACCAAUGUACAAGUGUUGAUGGUGUUGGGGGCAGGCAGGGGUCCCCUGGUCAAUGCAUCUCUGCGUGCUGCCAAACAAGCAGACCGGAAGCUGAAGGUGUACGCUGUGGAAAAAAAUCCCAACGCUGUCAUCACGCUAGAAAACUGGCGCUUUGAGGAGUGGGGCGAUCAGGUGACAGUGGUGUCAUCUGACAUGCGAGAUUGGACCUCGCCUGAGAAGGCUGACAUGAUUGUCAGCGAACUGCUUGGAUCAUUUGGUGAUAAUGAGCUUUCACCAGAGUGCUUAGAUGGAGCGCAGCACUUUCUCAAAGAUGAUGGUGUGAGCAUUCCCUGUUCCUACACCUCCUUCCUGGCACCGCUCUCCUCCUCCAAGCUGUAUAACGAAGUCCGAGGCUGCCGGGAACGCGACAAGGAUCCUGAGUGCCAUUUUGAAAUGCCCUAUGUAGUACGCCUCCACAACUUCCACCAGCUGGCUGAACCCAAACCAUGCUUCACCUUCACACAUCCCACAAAAGAUAUGAACAAUAAUCGUUACCAGUGCCUCAAAUUCUCAGUGGGUUGUAACUCUGUACUCCAUGGCUUUGCUGGGUACUUUGAGACCACACUCUACAAAGAUGUAACACUCAGUAUAAAACCCGAUACGCAUUCGCCUGGAAUGUUUUCUUGGUUCCCCAUUCUCUUCCCCCUCAAACAACCCAUCUCCAUUAUGCGCGAUGAUGAUGUCACGGUCCGAUUCUGGCGCUGCAACAACGGGAAGAAAGUGUGGUAUGAAUGGGCUGUGACCGAGCCAGCGUGUUCUGCCAUUCACAACCCUGCGGGACGCUCCUACACGAUCGGCCUGUAAACGUGACGCAUAAUAUUGUCCGCACGUUCCUACGUGUCUUUGAAGUAAUAGUUGUGGCAAUGGUGUGUGCUUCCUUGUCUAUUCAGUUACACUCGUCAGAUUAUCCUAACACAAUGUAAAAAAACAUGUUAAGUAUCCUUGUUUUUGUUCAUUUUUGUACAGCUACCAAGCACCACAUACAAACAUUAAAUCCAGCACAAAGUAUGCCUUAUUGAAGACAUUCCAUAAAAAUAUGGAUGAAACAGCUGACAGCAAUGGCACUGAGAUUACAUGCUAUGUUCGAACCCAUUGUUUUGUAUGUUUAAACCAUGUCAAUAAAGACACUGUAAUGUU